AUGCAGUCUAUGCCACAGCUGCUUAGGCAAUCACUCCGAUCAAGUCUCCGACUCACAAGCCCCUCCCCAGUGCGAGCGCACUUCCGACCUGCAUUCUCCGUCAGACCGACUCCGCGGAGCUUCUCCGCCUGUGUACAAUGCCAAUUCCGCCGGCAGCCGAGCACAUAUUUGGCCCUCAAUGACCGAGAGAAGUUCUCCGCGGAUACAGAGAGGUUAAUCAGGGAAAAAGAGAAAGAACUAGCCGAGCUGGAGCUCGCCUCGCGCGACCCUGUCCCGAUCCCGGGUCUGGAGUCGGGCAGCUCACUUGAUUCAGUACCUCCUGCGGAGGACGAACAGAGUGCCGCACAAUCGAAACCACAAACAAAGGAGCAUGAAAAAGAGAAGUCAGUUUCACAGGAAGAAGAUGCCAGUGUUGGCACGAGGAGUGGAGGCCUGCCAUCGUAUCUGGAAAGCCGUCGGUCAAAAUGGUCCAAGCAAUUCAGCACAGUGAUGGACAAUUUGCAAUCCAAUGUUUUUGUAGCAGGUCAGCGUUUAAAUGACCUGACUGGAUACUCCAGCAUCGAAGCAUUGAAAAAAGAUAUCCAGUUCUAUGAGAACCGACUCCGCACUGCCCGAGCGAAUGUCAAGCAAGCGAAAGAAGACUACGCCGCAGCGAUUAAUCGCCGAUCGACUUCCCAACGCGAAGUAAACGAGCUCCUCCAACGCAAGCACGCCUGGUCCUCAACAGACCUGGAGCGAUUCACCCUCCUCUACCGCAAUGAUCACACGAACGAGGUCGCCGAGACCGAGACCUCCCACGCUCUAUCGGCCGCAGAGCGCGAAGCUGAAGAGGCUGCCGCACAAAUGAGCAAGAGCAUCCUCUCGCGAUACCACGAGGAGCAAGUCUGGUCCGACAAGAUCCGCCGCAUGUCGACAUGGGGAACUUGGGGUUUGAUGGGCAUGAACGUCCUAUUAUUCCUUAUUUUCCAGAUCCUCGUGGAGCCGUGGCGUCGCAAGCGACUCGUCCAGGGUUUCGAGGAUAAGGUCGUUGAAGCGUUGGAGAAGGAGAAGGCCCUGAACCGGGCUAUGUUUACCGAGAACGCUGUUUCGAUCACGCCGCGGUCGAAUGUCACUAUCCUCCCCGAAAUUAUUGAUUCUACCGACGAGAACAUAAUUGAGACUGCUCCUUCUCUUUUGAUUGAACCGAAGAUUACCACGACGGAGAAAGAUGCGUCCACUACGGGGUCCAUUGUCUCGGUGACCGACGCUACUGCCGCCCAGUCUCUCAAGACCCGUCUCUCGAACAUUACGUUGCCGGUUCUGUCAGUCGAGUACUGGAGGCAGGUGGCUAGCGAGUUCUUCAGUGAUCGCAGCAUUGCUGUCUCCCAAUACGAUCUCACCGCCGUGGCUCUUCAGAGUGCCGCAGCUGGUGCAGCUGUGACGGGCCUACUGUUCGCCCUGAUCGGAUCUCGGUGA